GAUGGAGAUAUCCGAGCAUGGUGAGGCCAGGCCAGAGAGGUUGGCAUGGCCAAGGCUGACAAGGCGUGAGACACUCCGAGAGAUGGCUCUGCACAGCAAGAUGUCCCGACUAGUAGAAGCAACUUCCCAGCUCGUACAAGUAGAACAGACUCUCCUGCUCCCUCUCCUAGAGCAGAAUCCUCUUCCUCUCCACCCAAAAGAUAGCAUUGAGUUUAGAAAUAUCUGUACUCAUAUGGCUUUACAAAGAGACAGUCAACAAUUUGAGAGUGACUUACAUGAAGCCCACCAGUGUUUGAAGACCAUCAUUGGGAAACUCAUUUGUUCAUUGGAAGCUUUCCCCCUAGAAUCUUACAUCCCCGUCCGAUCUGCUCUGAGACAAAUUCUGCGAAACCUCCUGGCAAUGUAAAACAGCCUGCGAGCUGUGCUGGUCCUAUAAAAAUAACAGAUAUCUGGAAAGGUGCAUCCUGGAGUCUUUACAGUAGCAAGAUUUCCCACUGACUUUACAUCAGUGAAGACUUCCCAAGGAAGAUGGUGUUCCUGCAAACUACUGAACAGCCUUCUCGUAACAAACUCAUACCAAAGUCACGCCAGUGGGAGCUGGGAACAUCUCCAGAACUUGCUCUGGAGGAACCGAUAUUCCUUACGAAAUAGUAAGGUCUCAAAAUGAACACAGAAAAUGUGAAGGGCGAGAAGACAGUCAUCCCAAAUCUCUCUGUUUUCAUCACAGCUCAGAAAAAAAAAUGUGUUUUCAAGUAAUUCAUUAUGGAGUGGACACUUGAGAGGGCAGAGAAAAUACAGUGCUUAAGUAUGGGCUCUUUCACGAGAAGGUAUACAGUCUGAUUACGCCACAAAGACAGUCUGUUACAUCUUUUCUGUAUUUUGCCAUAAUAAGCCAAGAAAGCAGUGGAAAGGUGAAAGUGCUGUAUCUCCCUUAAGAAAAGAGAAAAAAAAAGAAGAAAAAUAUGUGGGACCAGUGGGAUCAAUCACUUUAAAGCAAUAAAAGGUCCUGGUAGAUGAUCCA